UUCAUAUGCAUCUGAAAAUAGAUUAACCAUGCGUGUCAAUCCAAACUGGACACCUCCCUUCCAACUUCAUCGGCUUGAUCUAAGUGGCUGGAAUUUGGGUCCUCAAUUUCCUCUUUGGUUGCAAUCUCAACAUCAAAUUUCUGCGGUGGACAUUUCUAAUGCUGGAAUAGAGGGUGAGCUUCCAACUUGGUUAUGGAACUUUUCUUCUCAAAUUGAAUUAGUUAAUGUUUCACACAACCAAUUGCGAGGCCAAAUUCAAAACAUACCAUCUCAUUCAACUGGAGAGAUUGGUAUGUCUUUAUUUGUGUACUUGAACUCUAACCAAUUUAGUGGUCCCUUACCUCGUAUUUCUAUCCACAUAUUUGGGUUAGACUUGUCAAACAAUUCAUUGUCAGGAAAUAUUUCUAACUUCUUAUGCCAUGCACAAAAGGUGCAAUAUGACCUCAGAAUACUUCAUUUGGGAGGAAAUGAUUUAUUUGGAGAAAUUCCAGAUUGUUGGAUGCAUUGGCCAUACUUAGAAGUUUUAAAUAUGAAGGAAAACAAAUUGAUUGGAAGCAUUCCAAAUUCCAUUAGGCUUUUGAGUCAUUUGGAAUCUUUGGACAUGCACAAAAACAUGCUUUCUGGCCCUAUACCAUCGCUGCAAAAUUGCUCCAUGCUAAUGAAAGUUGAUUUGGCUGAAAAUGGAUUCACAGGGACGAUCCCAAGAUGGUUGGGGACUUCUCUUUCAUAUUUGACAAUUUUAAGACUUCGAUCAAAUAACUUCAAUGGUGAAUUGUCUCCAGAGUUCUGUCAUCUUACAUCUCUUCGCAUUUUAGAUAUUUCCAAUAACAAUCUCACUGGUGUGAUACCUAAGUGCCUUAAAAAUCUCACUGCAAUGAUUGAUGAUGAAGUGGAUCUUUCGGUUGGAUUCUUUGAGAGGUGGUAUUCAUCAUCUGAGAGCUUUGGUGAAAGUGCUUUAGUAACUACAAAAGGACAUGAGUACGAGUAUUUCACUAUCAUUCUAAAGUUGUUUGUUAGCAUGGAUUUUUCUAAUAACAACUUUAAUGGGGAUAUUCCAAUUGAAUUGACGAAUCUUGUGAAAUUGAAAUCUUUGAAUUUAUCAAGAAACAAUUUGACAGGAAAUAUCCCCGUGGAGAUGGGAAAUCUGAAGUUAUUAGAAUCAAUUGAUCUUUCAAGAAAUCAACUUUCAGGAAAAAUUCCAUCAAGCUUCUCAAGUUUGUCAUCGUUGGGUGUUUUAGACCUGUCCUAUAACAACCUAACUGGGAAGAUACCUUCAGGUACUCAACUGCAAGGCUUUAAUGCUUCGUGUUACAUUGGCAACAACCUCUGCGGCCCUCCGAUCUCAAAAAGCUGUAGCAGUAUUGAUGGUGGUAAAAUUCCCAAAAAUGAAAGCGAAAGAGAUGAUGGUUGUGAAGUGGAUUGGUUUUAUGUUAGCAUGGUUAUAGGAUUUGCAGUGGGCUUUGGAUGCAUCUAUGGCUCUUUGUUUCUUGUAAAAUCUUGGAGGAUUGCUUAUUUUAAGUUUUUAGAUAAGAAGUUGAGGUCUUUUUUAGUAUGGGCACAUGCUUUGAGUGCUUAA